GAAGGCGUGGCCGGGCUGUGGGGCAGCGCGGCGGAGGCAGCUACUGAGGAGUUGGAGAGCGGAGGGGCGGGGGGCCCGACGCAAGCAGUGCAGGGCCCUAGUCUGGCUGUGCUGCUGCAGCGGGCUGCCUUGGAUCCGGAGUUCCUGAACUACCGGCCCUCCGCCACCGCAGCAGCCCUGCUGUUCUGCCACCGGUUGCGGCGCGGAGACACGCCACCGUGGCCCGCGGCGGUGGCGGCGCUCACCGGGUAUGCGGAUCUGGAGCAACCGGAGCUUGCGGCGGCUGUGGGUGCCGUACAGAGGCUGAUUAUGGAGUAUUCGGCCUCCACUGCCGCUGCCACCACUACUGCUGCUGCUCCUGCGUUUCGAGGAACCCCGGCCACACUGGGAACCGCAACCGUCUCCCCAGCCGCUGCUGCCGCCGGCGCCCCUGGCCCCCCCUCACCUUCCGCCGCCGUUGCCGCAGCCACGAGCGCCAUGCGCCAGCUUGCAGUGGGACGGCUUGGGCCCGGGGGCGCAGGAGGCGGCGGGUGUCCCAGAUAGCACAGCCUGCAACCGCCGCCACUUCUACGGUGAGCACCUGGUGAGGUAGAGACGGAAGGGGACGGCUGGGCGAGGGAAAAGGCGCGGGGUGAGUGAGCUUAGGGCGGAUGCUGUCGCACACAGCUAGAAUAGAUUGGUACGUCAUGUGCGAGCAUUAGCGUUACUCGUAUGGCUCUGGUCACACUGUGUAUGCAGCAAGGGUCGAAGAGGAUGCACGAGUGGUGUCGAGUUGCAAAGCUGGAGCUGGUAUUUGUAUACAUGGAAAAAAGGUGCUGGAUGGGCCUUUGAUGUCAAUGUCGAUUUUUAUUCCUGCUUCAUGGAAGUUAAAGCAGGCAUGCUGUUACGAGCUGCUCAGCUGUUUGUUAUGUUUGUUACGAAGAGGUGGAGAGAUGGAUCGUACUGCAAUCAUUUGGGUCACGGUUUGGACUGCCAAUUGUGGUGAGGCACGUGGCACAUAACAUGUGGAUUGCGGUUACCUAGGAAUACUUGCAUGAGCCUCCACCGGGGUGUUGUUGCAUGUGGUAGGGGAGCCGUCCAUUUGCAUGGGCACCUGGGGUAAGGCGAAACAUGGCUUGUGAAUGACAUCCGGCCAUUCGUUUCUCGCCGAGGUUACAAAGGGGAGGCUGGGUAUGGGUGUGGGUAGCAAUGAUAGGGUGGGGGAGCGGCGUGGCAUGUACGAUCCUGCAGGCACGGGGCCGGGGAGCUGCGUAGCUCUGCAUUGCUGGGGUUGUGCAACUUUGGGACGGCUGCAGCCGACCACGUGGCUACUUCUGGGGAUAAUACCUUAACAUGGUGGGGGUUGGGCACACGCCUGCGGCUUGUUGUUUCAUUCGAAGCACCCGAAGCCUGCUUAGACGUGUGCAAUUGUCUCCGCGGUUGGCGCAUGUGGGUUGGUUAGGGGCAGACGACUGUUGCGUUGUGUAUCCCGCUAGGCGUCUUGGGCGGUGGGGAACGAAAUAUCCAGGGAACGCUUUGAUGCGUGUUCUAAUGCACAUGGGCGAGCACAUGAGUACGGUGCCAAGGAUUGCAUGCCGUGGGUUUGUGCGUCAGGGUGUGGUCGGUUUGGGUACGGUCGGGAAGGGGCUGAGCCGUCAUGACAAAUCUGAUAUCACUGAGCGUUGUGCUGCUCUAUAGGUUGUUCUGUGGUCGAGUAGCGCCCGACAAGGCUGCUGGUGUUGUCGGGAUGGUGUUAAUGGGAAGCAAGGGGGGUACAUGUGCAUGUGUUUACUGGCCGCGAGUGGGAACGUACUUUGUAGAGCUAGGGGGGGUACACGUGGGGUGUGCAGCUCCCAGCGUUUUCAGUAGCUGCGGGAUUUGGCCUUGGUGGAGGUGGAGGCCGGGAAAGCCGGUGGGGUGGAGAGGUGUGGUGAGAGGUAAGGCGGAACUGAGGUAAUAGGAUGUAGGGCAUGGCUGUGAUGAUUACAACGCACGCAAAAUUUUGUCUCGAGCGCACUAUUAACAUUUUUUGAUACUGCAAACUGAAUGCAUGCAAACAUAUUGCCUCACUUUUUCAGUUGUGAAACGCUUGCCCCUUACUAUGUUGUGGCGUGUGUCUUGACGCUGAUGCUGCUUGUGUUGUUGUUAGUUCCGGGCGUGAAGGUGGCUGUAGCGGGUUUCACGUUUGCUGUAGCGGUGCCGGUGUCGGCGGUGUUGCCCAUCGUUCUGAUUGACUGCAUGCAGUGUGCGUCGGUGCUGUGUAUGGCAACGGCCCGCGAGUCCAAUACUAGCUGCAUAUGCCUUGUCCGGGGCUUUAACACGACAUUGCAGGGGGGGACCAACGGCUACUGUGACUGUUUUCAUCAGACCAAUUCGAAGAAUGCACGCCCAAAGAUGUAUCAACGCAUGUUAUAAAGUUGCAAUUUAGCCAUACAUACUGUUCCUUUAUUGUUCCUUUCGGUGCUGUGGGUCGGAAUACUUACAUGCUUCCCAAUGGAAAAGUGAACGCAAUGUCCUGGGCUAUUGCAACAGCUGUAGCUUAAGACGGCGACGAAUAUGUGCGGCGUGCGGCAUGCACCAACCGUAUGCAGCUUCACUGGAAGGGUUAGGCCUGAACCCUUUUUCUGGCCCCGCACUUACCUUCCUUCCUACUUGGUACACGGUACUGCGUUUUGGGUGUUGUCUGUGUGCUAUUAUGUCUGUUGUUUGGACAUGCGGUGGACCCUGCCCUGUGCCGGCACUACAUGCCGGAGCUCUCCGGGCCCGCGAGUUAUGGGUGUCGGUGUGUCUUAACGUGUUUUCGUCCUAACAUGCGGUGUGUAUGGUCGGCCACUUCUCCUGUCCAUCAAGGCUGUGGUGAAGGCUGGUGACGAAAUGGAUGGAAAACAAGUAAGGGAGUAAGCGUUUGGAUUGCCGGCGGAGGUAGUAGUGUUUCUGCACUAUGCCGUAUGUCGAUUCCUUGCCGAGCCAGAUACGUUGCAGUGUGUCGUGUGGGGUUUGAUAGGGGCUUCCGGCGAACCGGUAGCCUCCCCGCGCCUUAGUGUCUUCGUUUCCUCCUACCUUCGUACUACCACUGAACCUCAUCCUCCGGGACAUCGGCGUUUUACGGCUUUGGCUUUCGCUUCUAUAGCCUGAACUACACGCGCGUCCUUUCCAAACCUGGCAAUGCGCAAAUUGGGGGCUUCUUCUGGUGUGCGUGUGUUGUGUGGAGUGCAAGGCGCGUUGUGCGCUGUGUGCCUUUGCCGUGUGCGCUUGGAGUGUGAACAGUGUGGAAUCGGAGACGUGGAAGGCAGUGCCUCUUUGCGGCUGCUUUUGCAUGGCAGGGCUCUAUCCUGCUUGGUGUUGCACGUCAUUUGACGCGGCGCGUGGGUGGAGGGCUCGCAUGGAAAGCUACUCGUGUGGAUCCUUGUGAGUGGGUGCCGAUUGUUACAGGGCGGUUGCAAAGAUGAGGUGAUUGAAUGGAUCAACCCCUGGGUGGUUGAUUGCUAUGGUUUUGGAGCCGGGCAUUGCAAAGGGUAGUUAACUUCUGGUUGCACGGAUUGCGGGGUAGGUGCGAUCCUCAUCGUUUGCUGCGGUUUGGCCGUGCUGCUGCUGCUAUUGCCAUGGAUGUGGCCACUGUAUGUUGUGUGUAAGGUGAGUUUUGACCCCUGAGAGCCCGUAUAGGUCUGUUUCAAUGUCUCUUCCGCCGAUGCGUUGGAGCUGGGAAUGGGAAUUUGGGUAUGUUGAAUCUAUCGAUCUGUUGUGGGUGUUAAGAGCGCUCUUGUUUAGGACAGUCCAAAGGAUCGGGGUCAGGCACCAAGACUGUUCGUAGGUGCAUCUGCUUGGAUGUAGUCGCGGUUGUUGGUGUCCACGGUGGGUUGUGUCGUCGACCAGGCAAGGUAGCCGGGGACAUUGCAGAAGGCUUGAGGGUCGUGAACGUAGACUACUCUUCUUUUAGCGCUUGGGAUGUGAGGGCUGGGGAAUACUGGACGGACGGAAACCCGGGUCGAUAAGCUUAGACCCUGACAUCCUGUCUUACCUUGUUUCCUUUCCAAGGCUCCUUGAUUGUGUGGCUCCUGCGGUCUUUCCUCUCUGCCAUCUAUAUGCACUGCAGUCCUUGCUAUUACCUCUUGUAAGUGGUCCU